AUGGCCGCGCUUCUGCCAGGUGUCGCCACUGGACCGGAUACAAGCACAAAAGCCUUCUCUACGAGCUUCCAGCAUAGUAUGCCUGCUCAGUUCUGUUCCCCGGGAGCUGACUUCCUGCAUAGAAUUCGUGUCCUUACGGAUGUUAGUAGUUCGCGGUACAUGCCACUCUGCCAUUUCACGGCAACAACAACCUUACAUUCCCCUUCCUUCUCUUCAGGGCACAACAAUGGCGCGACAGAGCAAUAUCACCAUGGUCUUGCAUUCAAGUUCGCUGAUGAAUUAAAUUCAAAGAACUCCAUUGAAAGCGCUGCAGCAAUUAUCGAAUGCAUUUUCUCGGAAAUUGAGGGGAAUAAAGUGGUCUACACCUCUAUAAACACUGUCGUCGAGCAAGAUGACGCCACACAUUAUCCCGAGGAAUUUCUGAACUACCUACACACCAUUGAGGCGGAAAUUCUUACGGCUUGUGGCGUCGGCGAGGCAGUAUUUAUACCACGCAUUCCCCUCAUACCUCAUAACUUCCCGUUCCAGUUCAAGUGCGGACAGUUCCCUGUGAGUGUGUGCUUCGCGAUGACCAUCAAAAAGUCGCAGCGGCAGAUACUGAGGGCAGUGGGUGGCUGUACGUCGCUUGCUCCCGCGUCACCACUCCUGACUCUUUUUACAUUUUGGCUGUGGAGAGCCAAACCACUAAUGUUGUUUAUCGAAAAGUCCUUUAACGGUUUGAUGUGCCUGAAUAAAACAAAAAUUAUGCGUCGACUUAAGGUCGAUACGUUAUGUAACCGCCUAAAUGUGUGUAUUCCACCCAAUAACACACUACGGUAUUGCUGUACUAAACUGGCCUCUCCAAAUGCACGCCACUCAGAUCGAUCUUGGGCUACUCGCAUCCAGCUCCUGCCAGCCACCAACCAGGAAUUACACAUCCGGACAAAUUUAUCGGCCCACCUUGAAUUUUAA